ACGACGUUUUUUAGCGUAACCUUAACAGUCUCUUGGAACAACAUUAUAACAAUCGUUGCAACAAUAUGGCAACGCUGUAUUGCUCUGAAAAAAGUCGUUGCAAAGAGCGUUUUUAACCUAAUGUGUGCAUCUCGCCAUCUUCCGUUUGUUGUAUUUGCAGAGCUUUGGAGUUCAUGCAGGUGUUUCUCGCCGAGGUAGCUCGAGGAGAAAAAGACCUCGCCGUAGCAGCAGGUAGGUUAUCAACGAUCUUUAGAUUUGACAAGGAGUAUACAUUUGGAAUUUUGAGCCAGUUAAUAUGUUCUCAAACUUUCACUCUUUCUUAGUUUUUUCUUUUGCUGAAAAACUUGUACUUGCAUGUAUCUAAUCCCCUAUUUGUUAUCCAAUCUUAAGGCCACUUUUAAUUUCAGUAUUAAAAAGUAAUAGUACAUUAGAAUGCCGAUAACUCGAACUCGAAUAACGCAAACUCCCCGAUAACUCGAACUCGGAUAACGCGAACUCCCCGCUAACUCGAAAUAUAAGUCCGACUGACCCAUUUCCCUUGGAUUUCACACCACUUUUAAGUCAUUUUUACUCGGCUUGCUCGAGCUCGGAUAACUCGAAUUUACCACUACCUCGAACUAAAUUCCCUUUCCCUUAAUAAAAAAUUCACUGAUAUUUACCUCGAUAACUCGAAUUCUGGCUCUUCUUACACCACUCGGAUGCCAUCCCAUUAGCUCUUCUUCUCGUAUAACGGUAAAGACACUAAAACUAACAAUCGUCAGCACUACAGCAAACUGAUUGUAAUUGGUGCAACGAACGGAUCACGUUUUUUCAUAAAAAUUCCUAAUCGGUGUUACCGUUUCUUAUGAAAUAUUAAGUUAAAUUUUCACUGCACUAUACUGUCUAUUCACUGAAAUGCUGAAAAAUCAGUAACUUUCAACUUUUAAUGGCAAGUUGAAUUUUUCAAUCGCCCCCGAUAACUCGAACCCUCGCUAACUCGAACUGUUUUUCGCUUCCCUUCACAGUUCGAGUUACCGGGGUUCUACUGCACUUGAAGUGUGUGCAUGUCUUCAUUAUCGUUAAUUUUCUCUAUGGUCUCUGUGUUUGUUUCAUAUUGUAGGCACAGCAUACGGUAAGACACUACGCAGAUAUCAUGGUUGGGUAGUACGAGGUGUUUUUGCGGUAAGUGUGUCGACAAAUAUCUAAGCUCACAUCGACCUUGUUAACUUAAGUAAAAACCGUUGUUGGGUAAGAAUUAUGUUUAGAAGAUGUUAAGACACAUAUGUUGUUGGGUAAGAAUUAUGUUUACAGUUUGUCACCUCUAGUUUUAUGUACUGGCCUUUCGUGGCGUUCUAUUGACUUUUACGUGCCUGGUAGGUGGCAACAAUGCUCGUGGAAAGUCAAUCAAUCAAUCAAUGUGUAUCUUAGACACAAUAUACACUGUAGCAUCUCUUUCCCUGGCUGUUUGUGAUGUUUAGAUGUGUGUAGCGUUCCAGGGGCACCCAAAAUCCUGAAGAGUGGGGAAUCGAUUUGAUAAAUUUAAUGACCAAGUUUUACUUGUUUUUCAUGGUUUGUUUUAGCUGGCAGUUAAGGCAGUGCCAUACCGAUCAGAUUUCCUUACCUCGCUUGGGAGCACUGAAAAGAGCAUAGCUCCUCAUAAGGACGUCAUACGGGAUAUGAAGCUUUGUGUGGAAGGACUCAGUCGAGUUACGAACAUUUUAAACCAGUUUUACCGGAAACACAAACUCGAUUCUGAGGAUACCGUGUGACGAUGUCAAGACGUAACGCUUGAUUGGAUUAGGUUUGCUGUUACAACGUCACGCUUUCCUUUGACCCUUGUCAUGCGUACUGCUACAAACGUAGUGUCACGUUCAUGUGUACAUUAACUAAAAAUGUGAAUUUAUAUUUGAAAAAAUAUUUUUAAUUUAAUUUAUGUUAUAAUGUGAUAAAUUAUGUUUACGUUGCCAAUCGAUUGUAAUUAGUUCUUGACUUUCAUUUUUUUAACGUGUUGUCCCCUUCAUCUAAUAGGGAACUUAAGCAUCUACGACGGCAACAAAAACGUUAGACAAAAAGUGAAUUCGCGCUGCUUCAAACUUCUUCUCUUCUAUUCCAUUUCGUUCAAUUUGUCAAAUGUUGGCGAAUUUUUCUGGAGUUGAAUUCUAGAAGAAUUCGUUCGUUCGCUCGUUCGUUCGCCCGUUUUCUCGUGUUCAGGUUCUUCGUAAACCGUGAAAGUAGAAAUUUUCACGUCGCAGUCGUGCAACGGCUGCAAGGAAAUGUUCAAUAAAGCGUGAUUGCACGUGCAGAAUUGUUGUUUUGCCAAUCUAAGGCCCUUUCCACACUUAUGCGUUGUCAUCGAAAACGCAUCGAUCGAUUCGCGUCCACACGACCGUUUUGAUGGGUUUUGGACUGUUCACACUCAAACGUUCGAAAACGAUAGAACUGUACGUUUUGGCGUAAGUUGAACCCUAUGUGCAUGCUACAAACACACGCGCCUGCGAUAUUUCGGCCUUCGUUUUCAUUUUGAUGCGUUUUCGACUGCUUUCGCCGUCCACACUAUGAUACGAUGUGUGUUGUCGUUUUGAUCCACUUUCAAGAGCGGUUUCAAAUCGAUGCGUUUUCGAUGAAAACACUCAGUGUAUUAACGUGGACGGAAGGCCUACACGCAUCGAAAUGUAUGCGUUUUCAAAGGAAAACGCAUUAGUGUGGAC